AUGAAGAAGAAGGAUGAAACUGUGCCGCCUGUUGCCAUCGUGGGCAUUGGUUUACGGCUUCCUGCUGGUAUAUCCACGCCCGACGACUUCUGGAAGCUCCUCAUUGAAAAGAGAGAUGGCAGGUGCCGUGUUCCAGAGACGCGGUAUAAUGUGGACGCUUUCUAUAAUGGCGGAAAACAGGGCCGUCAGCUUGUUGCGUCUGACCACGGCUACUUCCUGGAAGAUGUAGACCUCAAACGCUUUGAUGCCGGUUUCUUCUCAAUGAGUAGGUCCGAGGCAGAAAGCGCAGAUCCACAACAAAAACUACUGUUGGAGGUUGUGUGGGAGUGCAUGGAAAGGGCGGGACAAACGAAUUGGAGAGGAAAAAAUAUUGGAUGCUACGUUGGUGUCUUUGGUGAAGAUUGGCAUGACAAUGUGUCGGCGGAUUCCUAUGCUUCGCCGUUUGCUCGAAUAAAUGGGUCUGGAGAUUUUGUACUAUCGAAUCGCCUCUCGUAUGAAUAUGAUCUCCAGGGUCCAAGCAUGACAAUACGGACUGCAUGUUCUUCAUCAUUGGUAUGCCUCCAUGAAGCUUGUCAGGCUCUCUAUGCCCGCGAAUGCUCGGGGGCCAUUGUAGCGGGCACGAGUCUUAUAAUGAGUCCAUCUAUGACCAUGGCGAUGAGCCAACAAGGGGCAUUGGCUCUUGACGGACGCUGCAAGACAUUUGAUGCUGCGGCGGAUGGAUAUGCCAGAGGAGAAGCUGUGAAUGCCAUUUAUUUAAAACUUCUUGAUGAUGCUAUGAGAGACGGGGAUCCCAUUCGAGCUAUUAUCCGGUCUACUGCGACUAAUUCUGACGGCAAGACGGCCGGCAUGAGCGUUCCUAGUGCGACAAGCCAGGAACGUAUGAUCCGCAGGGCGUACGAAAAGGCCGGAAUCACAGACCUUUCCCAGACGCCAUACUUUGAAUGCCAUGGAACGGGUACAAAAACUGGGGACCGCAUUGAAACAACAGCUAUUGCGAAUACAUUUGGCGAGAAGCCGCUAUAUAUAGGAUCAGUGAAACCAAAUCUCGGACAUGCUGAAGGAGCAUCAGGCUUGAAUAGUCUCAUAAAAGCUGUUCUAGCAUUGGAAAACAACAUCAUCCCGCCUAACAUCAACUUUAACGACCCGAAUCCAGAAGUUCCAUUUGCAAGAGGGAAGUUACUCGUACCGACGGACGCAAUACCCUGGCCAACAGACAGAUCUGCUCGAGUCAGCAUCAAUUCUUUUGGGAUAGGUGGAAGCAAUGCGCAUGUAGUCAUUGACUCUGUGGCGUCAUUUACCAUAUCACCAGUUCAACAUGGCAUAGCUAAUGGAACGAAUGGUGUUCAUGAAAUAGCCUCUCUGUCGCCUUACGGUAAAUUAGUUCCUAAUGGACUUUCCAAUGGGUUGCAAAAUGGGUUGCAAAAUGGCACAGCGAAUGGUUGUCAUCCGGACCAGAUCAACGCUUAUACAAACAACUAUGUUAAGAACAGGCUAUUUCUUCUUCCCCUUUCUGCCAACAACUCUGGAUCGCUCGAAAAGUCAAGACACAAUAUCAACAAGUACCUGCAACUCCAUCCCACAUCUCUGGAAAAUGCUGCAUACACUCUUGGCAUGCGAAGAGAUCACUUGCAACACAGAACGUUCUCCAUUGUUGAGGAGUCUCAAGUCACUGCCACUAGCGAAUUGUCUCGGAAGAUUUGUCCAGGGCUGGUUGACACGGUAUUCGUAUUUACUGGACAGGGAGCCCAAUGGAGCCACAUGGCACGAGAACUUAUUUUAGAAGUCUCAUCCUUCCGAGAAGACAUCCGUGCAUUGGAUUGUAGUUUGCAAAAUCUGGAGGACCCUCCCUUGUGGAGAAUUGAAGGAGAAGACGACCUAGUAAACCUGUCCGAGUAUGCUCAAACGCUAUGUACAGCAAUUCAAGUAGCAUUAGUCAAUCUUCUCAGGAAGAGUGGAGUGAAGCCAUCUGCAAUCAUCGGUCAUUCGAGUGGAGAGAUUGCCGGUGCUUACGCCUCAGGGGCAAUGACAGCGACCGAAGCAAUCAUCAUAAGCUACUACCGUGGCAUCACAGCAAAGCAGAUAAGCCGAAGAGGUGCAAUGGCUGCAGUUGGUCUAAGUCACGAAGCAGCCGCUCUUGUUGUGACUGGAGAUGUGACUGUGGCUUGCAUCAACAGCCCUAGGAGCGUCACGAUAUCUGGGGAUGUACAAGCUGUUGAGAAUACGUUAGAAGCAAUUGACACUCAAGAUCCCACGAUAUUUAGACGCAAGUUGAAAGUCAACACGGCGUACCACUCUGAGCAUAUGAAGGAGGUCUCUGAAAUGUACGAAAGGCUAUUGAGUCCACACUUGAACCCGGGAACCUGCAGUGUCCCAUUCUACUCUAGCGUCACUGGCUCUCGCAAGAUUCAAACGGCUGUGUUGGACAAGACUUAUUGGAGGAGAAAUCUUGAGUCGCCAGUGCUUUUCUAUCAGGCUACCAAGGCAUUAUUGAAGGAUUUCGACAAGAGUCAGCUUAUAUUCGUGGAAAUUGGACCACAUUCUGCGUUACAGGGUCCUCUCAAUCAAAUAUUCCAAGAACAUUCUGAUAACGCACCAAUCUACGUUCCAACGUUGACGCGAGGCAUCAAUUGCAUGGAGUCCUUCCUUCGAUCCAUUGGCCAGCUCUACACAUGUGGACAGGAAAUCAAUUUCUCAUUCAUCAAUCCGCCCGGCAACAUACUGACAGACCUUCCAACAUAUGCUUGGGAUCAUUCCGUCGAGUUUUGGAACGAAAGUCGACUUUCAAGUGGCUUCAGGUCAAUGAAACACCAGCACCAUGAGCUCCUAGGAGCCAUUUGCACAGGGAUCAAUGACACUGAGCCAAUUUGGAGAAACAUCUUAGAUAUAAUCGACGUCCCUUGGCUCAAAGACCACAAGGUCCUAAACGACAUUGUGUUUCCAUGUGCGGGAUAUAUUGCCAUGAUUGGUGAAGCCAUUCGGCAAGUAACUGGUUCGGAAGCCUACACUAUAAAGAAUCUCUUCAUUCAAUCUGCACUAGUAUUGCAAGAGACGGGAUCUGUUGAACUUCAUACCUCUAUGAAGCUACGGAGGCUGACAGACACUGCCAACUCCUCAUGGUAUGAGUUUUCUAUAUCGUCAUUUAACGGUACAUCGUGGACUCAGCACUGCACUGCUCUCGGACGCGAUGCCAAAAACGUUUCAACAUACAACAAAAGUUUUCACGCACUCCCGCGGUGCUUGUCGAAAGGUUACUGGUAUGAUCGGUUACGUCAUUGGGGUCUUCAAUACGGUCCAACAUUUCAAAGGAUGGAAAACAUUACCGUUGAUGUCGAGGAGACAGUUGCAAGAGCGACUAUACGUGAUCAACAGAUGGUAGAUGGACCUUGUUAUCCCGUUCAUCCCAUUACGAUCGAUCUUUGUUUACAGCUAUACCCUGCUGCUAUGACGAAUGGACUAGCUCGCCGGCUAACAACGCUGAUAGUUCCCUCGUCAAUUGGGGUUAUUCAUAUUUUUCCUUCCAUGGGACGAGAAUUGAAUGUGGAAACCAGAGCAUAUGUCACUAGUGCUGGAUCCAGACGUGGAAGCUCUGUUGCAGUGGCGGAAAAUCAAGAAGCUAUUUUGAUCAUGGAAGAUGGUAGAAUGGCAACUCUCGAUACUGGGGCCAAUCGAACAUCAUCGGGUCAUACGUCGGCAUCCCAAUUACUAUGGCGCCCAGACAUAGAUUUCAUUGACGUGAGUAGUCUGAUGCACUCCACCAAGAAGCCACGGGAUGCAUGGAUGAUCAUGGAAAUGGCUUGCGCGCUGCACUUACUUCGAACAUCGGAUGCCUUGAAGACUAUAGAAACGGAUUCAAGGACAACCCCAAGCUAUCUGGUCAAAUACUCAUCUUGGCUAUGUAAAGAGCGAGCGAGAAUGGCUGCAGGCGACUGGGAUGUGCUAUGUCCAGAGGCAAAAGGUUUCACGUCUCUGGAUUCUGAAGCUAGAGAGGCGCUUUGCAUUUCGGUUUCUCAGGAGAUGGAGGGCUGGAAAGACGAAAAUGUUUGCAAAUUAACCAAAACACUUACAAGUCUCUCGGAUAGCGCCCAUGUUCAAGAUGUAUUUCUCGGAAUGACAAAUCCGCUUGAAGUACUUACAAGAGACGGCGGUCUAACAGCCAUGUACAACAUGAUCCGUGGUAGAGUCACCGGCGAAGAGUUUCUAUCUCUGUGCGCACAUGCGAAUCCAACUCUCAGGAUCUUGGAAGUAGGAGCUGGAACUGGUGCUACUACUCAAGAUGUUCUAGAUUCAUUGAAGUCGGAUGAUGGCCGUCCGAUGUAUUCCCAUUAUUGCUUCACAGAUAUCUCACCGGGGUUUUUCUCGGCGGCAAAGGAACGAUUUGCAGGGUACUCUAACAUGCAAUACAAGGUCUUGGAUAUCUCCAAAGACCCAAAGGAGCAGGGCUUUGAAACAGGAUAUUAUGACUUGGUGGUCGCAUCUAAUGUUCUACAUGCAACUCCAUCGCUGAAUGAUACGCUGUUGAACGUGAAGGCUCUGCUUCGUCCAGGGGGUCGGUUAUUCCUCCAGGAGCUCAUUGAACCUAUGGGAUGGCACUUCAACAACUUCAUCAUGGGCUUUCUGCCCGGCUGGUGGCUCGGUGAAGAUGAUGAUCGACUGGAUGGACCGUUUGUAUCCGUCGAGCGAUGGGGACAAGAACUGCAGAGGGCAGGUUUCUCCGGGAUUGAUGCAGCAGUAUUAGAUGACGAAUCUCCCUACCAUAUAAAUGCUAACAUUGUAGCGACGACGGUCAAGUCACAGACUAGAUCAGGCAAUGUUACUCUGCUGUACAAGGACACCAAGGUUAAGUAUGCUUGUGACCUUGCUGAUCGUCUGGAAGCAAGCGGCUUCAGGAUCCAUUGGAAGCAGUUAUGUGAUCAGCAUAUCCUGCCAGAACAGGAUGUUAUCUCGACAAUUGAAUUAGAGGGGCCCUUUCUACAUGCAAUCAAAGAUGCGGAUUACUCUGACCUCAUGGAAUAUAUUCCAAAGCUCAGAAGCGGGUUGUUGUGGCUGACUCGAACAGCACAGAUUGAAUGCAUAAAUCCUGAGUAUGGGCUCACAAUUGGACUUGCUCGCACAAUCAGAUCUGAACUGUCUCUCGAUUUUACGACGGUAGAACUACAAACGCUUGAUGAUGAAGCUGUUAGUUCGGUUGUCAACAUAUUUCACAAGUUCCAGUGUCGAUCCGAAAGGGAGAGCUUCUCAUUCGAGCCAGAAUUCGCCGUUCACAACGGUGUAGUCCAUAUUGGGCGCUACUAUCCCAUAUCGCCGGAAGAAGCGCGAGCUAAAAGCUUGGAAGAUGGCCCAACCCGUCUAACUGUUAACCAGGUUGGCCUGAUCGAUUCCUUGGAAUGGGUUCAGUACGAACAAGACCGUGUGCAAGAAGAUGAAGUAGAGCUGGAAGUUCACUGCGUGGGCUUAAACUUCAGGGAUGUCCUUGUAUCCAUGGGAAUGGUGGAAGAAAAGCAUAACAGAAUAGGCAACGAGGCAGCCGGUAUCAUUACUCGGGUAGGGUCAGCGGUUCGUCAUGUGACAAAGGGUGACAGAGUUAUCGUCAUGGACAGCGGUUGUCUUGCAACCAGAACGGUCACUCUUGGAUAUAAUGUCUUCCCAAUGCCGCCUGAGCUAAGUUUCGAGGAUGCGGCCACGUUUCCCGCUGUCUUUGGUACUGUCAUACACACGAUCAUCAAUGUUGGUCGACUGGAGAAAGGAGAGUCAAUCCUGAUUCAUUCGGCUUGCGGUGGUGUUGGUCUAGCGGCGAUCCAAAUCUGUCGGAUGAUUCAAGCAGAGAUAUACGUGACAGUUGGGACUGAGGAGAAGAAGAAGUUUUUGGUCGAGCAUCACCAUAUCCCUAGCGAAAGGAUAUUCUACUCACGAGAUGAGUCGUUUCUCAAGGAUGUCAUGGAUGCCACCACUGGUCAGGGUGUUGACAUGGUACUCAACUCUCUCGCCGGAGAGCUAUUGCACGCUUCGUGGCAAUGUGUUGCCAAGUUUGGCAGAAUGAUGGAAAUUGGGAAGCGUGAUGUCGUUGGGCGAGGAAAGUUGGCCAUGGACCAAUUCGAGCAGAAUAGGGCAUUCCAUGGCAUUGAACUGAGAGAGCUGAGACUACACCGGCCCCAGAAAGUACAAGAGCUCAUGAAUCAAUGCAUGGACUAUUACAAACAGGGUUUCAUCAAAUCCAUACGACCUGUCAAAGUAUUUCCCGCCGAAAGCGUAAAGGAAGCUUUUCACUAUAUGCAAAAAGGAAAGCAUAUCGGUAAAAUACUAAUCAGGAUGCCUAAAGAGGCCAAACAACUCUCUACAUCAGCAUCUCAGACGGUCAUCAAGUUUUCCCCCACAGCCACAUAUCUCAUUGUUGGUGGCAUGCGUGGUCUUGGAAGGGCGAUUGCGACUUGGAUGGCCGAACACGGUGCUCGAAGUUUUGUGUUUCUCUCGCGAUCAGCUGGUCAGCAGGCGGAUGAUCAGGCAUUCCUGGGAGAGCUCGCUGCCCAAGGGUGCUCUGCUAUCGCAUCGGCAGGCAAUGUAGUCGAACUCGAUGAUGUGAAGAGAGCCAUAGAACGUGCGCCGUCAAGGAUCGCCGGUGUAUUCCAACUAUCCAUGGUUCUGAAGGACCUUGCGGUAGAGAACAUCACCCACGAAGACUGGCAGUACGUGCAAAACCCAAAGGUUAAAGGAACAUGGAACCUUCAUAAAGCCUUGUCAGACUGCGACUUGGGCUUUUUCAUCUUGUUUAGCUCCCAGUCAGCUGUUUAUGGCCAACCCGGCCAGGCACAUUAUGCUUCAGCAAACACCUUCCUCGCCUCGUUUGCUCAAUACCGGCAUGGGCUAGGGUUGCCAUGCUCAGUAAUUGAUGUUGGUGCAGUCGAAGGUGUCGGAUAUGUCAGUCAAAAUGCGGCAAUCCUCAAACAGUUUCGGGAGUUUGGCGUACGAUUCUUGCAGGAGCAAGACCUGCUCGACGCCAUAACACUUAGCAUAUCCCAAUCACCUCCGGAGGCAGAGACCAAACGUAGCGCUUUGUAUAGACCAAUCGGACAUAUAACUACGGGUAUGGCAUCCGAAACGAGCGUUCGAGAUCGCUGUCCAUGGAGGAACGACAUUCGACUAGCAUUUCUACGCCAGUUGGGUUCUACAGAGGAUACAAUUGCAGCAUGUAAUGAUGCAGCUCUACGGGCACUACUGGACUCAGCGUCUGUCGAUUUUGAGAUUCUGCGAGAACCAGAAAGCUUGUCGAUUGUCACAGCGGCGAUUGCUCGCGCUCUCUGUGGGUUUACAUUGUAUCCAGAAGAAGACCUUGAUGUGACGGCUCCAUUGAGCGCUAUGGGUAUCGAUUCUUUGGUCAGUAUCGAGAUUCGAAACUGGUGGCGACGAGCAUUUGGCAUCGACAUUACUGUUUUAGAAAUCGCCAACGGUGGUUCAGUCCACAAACUUGGCGUAAUGGCACUCACAGGACUCCAAGAAAAGUAUUCCCCGAAAACAGAGGAGCACACCAGCGAAACAACGCAGGGUCAAACACUGAAAGUCAAAGGCGAUCUCAAUAGAGAAUUUCGGAACUACAUGGACUCGCCAUGGGAUCUUGACAACUUCAUCGCGCAGCCAGUCACAAGACUUCCCAACCAAGCAACUGUCCUUCUCACCGGUGGAAGUGGCUAUCUCGGGACAGAAAUCCUCAGACAGUUGGUUAGAAACGAGACAAUCAAGUCUAUCGUCGUACUUGUCAGAGCAGAAUCAGAACCCCACGGAUUACAACGCAUCAAAGAGGCAUCACUGCUUGCACAGCGAUGGACAGCAGGGGAUGAGCAAAAACUCGAAGUCUGGACAGGUGAUAUCAGCAAACCAGACUUGGGACUUCAAGCAAAGCAACUGGCUCGAAUUCGAGGACUCUCAACCAGCCGCUCAAAUAUAGAUGCAAUUAUUCACAACGGCGCAGCAGUCAGUUUCAAUGCCGACUUUGCAGCGCUGAAAGCUUCAAACGUCGAUUCGACCAUCCAGCUGCUCAAACUGGCAGCAACGUCACCCGCCUCACCAAAAUUCGUAUACGUCUCUGGUGGUAUGAAAUUCGACACUCGCCAGAAAUUUGUCGACAUUGCCGAUGAUCUGACCAACUACUUUGGCUAUUCCCAGACAAAAGUCAUGUCCGAAAGGAUCAUACACGAACUCGCAAUGAAGCUUCCACUCACGCAGAAUAGGCUCUCUGCCGUGAAACCAGGCCUCAUUAUCGGUUCUGCAGACACUGGGAUUUCGAAUGUAGAUGACGCGCUGUGGAAUGUGGUAGCCUCCGCAGCAGCAAUGGGCAUCUUCCCAGAGGAACCGGAAACGAGCUGGAUACACGUGAGUAGCGUGGAUGCCAUUUCUGCGAGGAUCGUUCAGCAGCUGUUCUCUCCUGAUAUUCUUCCUUUGGAUGACAUUGUUGAUGGGAUGCCGUUGUGCAGGUUUUGGGGGAUUGUGGCAGAGGAGUUGGGCGUGAAAUUUGUGUCAAUGCCGUGGGAGGAUUGGAUGAAGAGGGCUACCGUGGAAAUGGACACGGUUGGGAAGAAACAUCCUCUUUGGCCGGUUCAGCAUAUGUUUGUGAAUAGACCGCCGGUGAUGACGGGCCCGGGUAAUAUGUUCGACCAAAAGCCUAUAGAAUUGGCUUUGAGGAGAAGUAUUCAAUACUUGCUGCGGGUUGGUCUUCUCAAACAAAGUAAGCAAGCAGGACAACUCACCGAGAAGACCAUCGGAAGGACCAAAUUUAUGUAG